CUUCUAGGGCCCCGUGUCGUUCCAGGAUGUGGCUGUGCAUUUCACGGAGGAGGAAUGGGCUCUGCUGGAUCCUGACCAGAGAGGGCUGCACAAGGAAGUCAUGGAGGAAAACUGUAAGGUCGUCGUGUCUCUCGCAGGUGGAAAGGGUUUUCAGCAUGGUUCCAGCCCCACUCCGCCUCAAAGGACCCCUACAAAUGACAAACCACACCAGUGCCAGGAAUGUGGAAAGAGCUUCACUCACAAGUGGGUUCUCACUAAUCAUCAAAGAAUUCACACAGGGGAGAAACCAUACAAAUGCUUGGAGUGUGGAAAGUGCUUCACUCGGAAAGUGAACAUCAUUCCUCAUCAGAGAAUUCACACAGGAGAGAAACCAUACCAGUGCUUGGAAUGUGGAAAGACCUUCAGGCAGAAGAGAUAUCUCACUUCACAUGAAACCAUUCACACAGGACAGAAAUUAUUCCAGUGCUUGGAGUGCGGAAAGAGCUUCAGGCACAAUGUCACUCUAACAAAACAUCAAAAAUUUCACACGGGAGAGACGCCGCAUCAGUGCUUAGAGUGCGGAAAGAGCUUCAUCAGUAUUUCUCACCUUACAUCCCACCAAACACUUCACACAGGCGAGAAACCAUAUCAGUGCCCCGAGUGCGAGAAACGCUUCACUCAGAAGAGUCACCUGACUUCUCACCAAACAAUUCACACAGGGGAGACGCCAUAUAAAUGUUCAGAGUGUGGGAAGUGCUUCCGCCUCAGCAGAUACCUCACUUCUCAUCAGAGAAUCCACACAGGGGAGAAACCGUAUCGGUGCUCAGAGUGUGGAAAGAGCUUCGGUGAAAAGAAAAUUCUAGCUUCUCAUCAAAAGAAUUCACACCGUGGGGAAACGGUGACUAGGAGCAGUGAGGAAUUCUGGGGAGAAACCACAGAGAAGAGAUUGAGGGAAGAGGACAGCUCAAAUGUGCAGCAGCAGCAGUUCAGGCAAUUCCACUACACAGAGGCCAAGGGUCCCCGAGAGGUUUGCAGCCGACUCCACCAUCUCUGCCGUCGGUGGCUGAAGCCAGAACUUCACACAAAAUCUCAGAUCCUGGACCUGGUGAUCCUGGAGCAGUUCCUGGCUGUCCUCCCCCCGGAGAUGGGGAACUGGGUAAAUGGUAUGUCGUCAGAAGGGACCAGUGAUUUCCAUGAGGCAGAGAAGACUGUCUUGGAUGCCGGAGAGCAUUCGCUGAGACGGGGGACAGCCCAGGAGGAGGACGGAGGGGCCUCCUUGUUGGGGAUCUUCUUGUGGAAUGGAAUGAUGCCGGCAAUAUCUACUCAGCCAUCUCUUCUUGGUGCUGGAGGGGAAACGGCUGUUGUGACACCUGACCAGAGAAGCCACACAGGGGAGAAGCCAUAUAAAUGCUUGGAAUGUGGGAAGAGUUUCACGAGGAAGAGAAGUCUCACUUCUCAUCAGAGUAUUCAGGCAGGGGAGAAACUCUAUAAGUGCUGGGCUUGUGGAAAGAAGUUCUGUCAUGUUUCGCACCUUACUUCCCAUCAGAUAAUCCACACAGGGGAGGAACCAUAUAAAUGUUUGGAGUGUGGGAAGAGCUUCCAUCACAGUUCUCGCCUUACUUCUCAUCAGAGAACUCACACGGGAGAGAAACCGUAUCGGUGCUCAGAGUGUGGGAAGAGCUUUACCCGGAAGAGGAACCUCACUUCUCAUGGAAGAAUUCACACAGGAGAGAAACCGUAUCAAUGCACUGAAUGUGGGAAGAGCUUCCGACACAGGCCGCACCUUAUUUCCCAUCAGAGAAUUCAUACCGGGGAGAAACCUUAUCAGUGUUUGGAGUGUGAAAAGGGCUUCUACCUCAGUUCUAGCCUAACUCGCCACCAGAGAAUUCACAGAGUCCGUGCCCAGGUGACGGCGCCGCCAAACAGCAAGCAGGGAAAGCACAGGAACGCGUUUUUCGAGGCGCUCCCGCAAAGCCACGCCUUCCGGUCGUACCAGGCCCUGCUAAACCUCCGAGUCACCAGCUUGCCUUUCUCCAGCACGGUUUGCACAAUGCACAGGCUAAGCCUGGGAGGCGGGAUGGCGGUGGAGCAAGCAGAUAGGUCCCCUGCCCUGACUCUCCAGCUGCAGGCCGUGCCGGAUGAAAGCAGGGACCCAGAGAUGAAGAUGGAGCCAGAGGAGCUUCAGGGCCUCGGAGGGGCAACAGGGGCAGGAGACAGCUCACCAGACUCUCAGUCAGCGGCCAUUGGCGUCCCCAAACGCUGGGAAGAGCUGCAGCGCAUUAAGCAGGAGCCAGAUGAGGGUCUGUCGUCGCUCCGCUGGGAAGCCCAGUGGCAGGAAUUCCUGAAGGCGGUGCAGACCCCUCACUCUGGCGAGGGCGACCCACAGCUGCCAGAAGCCGUGCCGUGGGGUGAAGACAAGAACGCCCUGUCCCCGAAACAGACUCAAGAACAGAGUCAGAAUGGGGUCCUUCCUUUUAACAGAGCAGCCCAGCAAGCUGAUGGGAGGGCGGAUGCCACUAGCGAUACCGGACAAGCGAUCAAGAUGGAGGACUCCGCCAGCACAGAGGCCCAGCGUCGGCUUUUCAGACAGCUCUGUUACCGGGAAGCCCGGAGUCCUCGCGAGGUCUACGGGCGGCUCCGGGAACUGUGUGCGCAGUGGCUGAAGCCAGAGAGGAGCACGAAGGAGCAGAUGCUGGACCUGGUGAUUCUGGAGCAGUUCCUGGCUGUGCUGCCCUCGGAAAUGGGGAGCUGGGUGAAGGAACGAGGCUCGGAGAGCUGUGUGCAGGCCGUGGCCCUGGCAGAGGAAUUUCUCCUGAGGCACCAGGAGGCGGAGAAAGCGGGAGGGCAGGUGCCAGGGGCGUUCCAAGAGGAUGCUGUGACCUUUGCUGGAAAUGUGGGGGCAUCGCCGGAAACCACCCAGAGGCAACUCGGCGGGGAGUUCAAGCGGGAAAAUGAGGGGGUCUCCAGCGUGCUGGCAGGUGACAGGGACCAGUGUGCUACUGGUGGAGAACGAUCCUGGGUCCCACAAGGAAGAGCAAUGGGUCAGGAGCUGGAGGAAAAAGAUGGGAGCCAAGGAAAGUCAGAGAAGCUCCGGAGCCGUGAAAUGGAGAUGUGGAGGGGGAAAUUCAUCCCUUGCCUGGAUGACGACGACGUCUGCAAAAUCUCAGCCCAGCAGGGCACCCUCAAAAGGAAGAAGCGCACCAGAAGCACAGUGAGCGAGAAGCUGUUCCGAGACGAAUCGAACCUCCGUGGAAUCCACACGGGGGAGAAGCCGCACGACUGCUCGGUCUGUGGGAAGAUCUUCCGCCGGCGCUCGGACCUCAACAGCCACCAGCGAACCCACACGGGGGAGAAGCCCUACGUUUGCCUGAACUGCGGGAAGAGGUUCAACCGGAGCACGAACCUCAUCUCACACAAGAGAAUCCACACGGGGGAGAAGCCCUACAAAUGCUCGGACUGCGGGAAAAACUUCUGCCACAAAUCCGGCCUGAUAAGGCACCGGAGGACCCACACGGGGGAGAAGCCGUACGCCUGCUCCGAGUGCGGGAAGAGCUUCAGCCAGAGGCAACAUCUUAUCACGCACCAGCGGAACCACACGGGCGAGAAACCGUUUACCUGCUCCGAGUGCGGGAAGAGCUUCAACCAGAGCCAGCACCUUACCACGCACCAGAGAAACCACACCGGGGAGAAGCCCUUCGAAUGCUCCCAGUGCAGCAAACGCUUUUGCGACAAGUCCACCCUUUUUAGACACCAGAGAAGCCACAUUGGGAAGAAACCCUUCCAAUGCUCCAAGUGCGAAGAGAGCUUCUACCGGAGCAAGCAUCUUAUCAGACACCAGAGAAUCCAUCUUGAACCUUCGGCAGUCUCUCCGGGAGAGAAAGGAAGAGAGGAUAUGGAUGCAGGUCGAAGGAAGAACGAGCCCAAUGUCCUGGUGCAGGCUGCGCUCAAGCAGUGGCCGCCCAUGGGCAUGAAAACGGAAGGCCAAGACCAUGGUGGUCCUACAAUGAGGGAGCAAUUCGUUGAAGGAGGGAGAGACCUUUGUGCUUUCCAGACUGGGAGGACGGGGGACAUUGUCUCCAGGGUACCAGGAGAGAAGGUGAAGCAGGAGCCGGGCGCUGGGCUGCUUCAGCACUGGGAAUCCCAGUGGCAGGAGUUCUUGAAAAUGGUGGAGUCUCACCACACGCACUGGGCGAUCCCUCCGCUACCGGAAGAGGCUGCCCCUUGGGAGGAUGCCAAGGGCUUCCUGGCCUCCUUCGAGCAAGUGGCCAAAGCCUGUCAAUGGCCCCAGGAGGAGUGGGCGGCCCGGCUCCUGCCGGCACUCAGCGGAGAAGCGGAGCAGGCCUUCAGCGGCUUGGAAGACGGGGACAGAGAGGAUUAUGGGAAAGUGAAGGCGGCCAUCUUGCGCCGGGACGCCCUGGCCCGGGAACGGUGGUGCCACCGCUUCCGGCAUUUCUGCUACCAGGAGGCCGAGGGGCCGAGGGGGGCCUACAGCCGGCUGCGAGACGUUUGCCACCGGUGGCUCAAAGUGCAGAGGCACAGCAAGGAGCAGAUCCUGGAGAUGCUGAUCCUGGAGCAGUUCCUGGCCGUCCUGCCGCCCGAGGUCCAGGGAUGGGUGAGGGAGGCUGGGCCCGAAACGUGCUCCCAGGCGGUGGCUCUGGCGGAGGGGUUCUUGCUGAGGCAGCGAGAGGCCAAGGGGCCGCAGAAACAGAGAUCGAACCUGAGACCUUCCGCAGUCCCCCACCCGCCAAAAGUGGCCGUGCAGAGGCUGUCGCACGAGGAAUCUUUGCUGUCGUUCCAGAUGCAGGCAGCCUUUGAGGAGGACGGCUACGGUUUCUCCGAACCGGCGCAGGUUCUGACCGACACGGGGCAGAGGCAGCAGGAGAGGGGAGAGAAGGAGGAGGCCGGCUCUGAUGAUGCGAGCUCACGAGAUUACAUGCAAGUGGGUGAGUGCGGCACGCAAAACCAUCUCCAGGAAAGCCUCGACAACGUGGAACCAUCCGUCACGGAAAGCGUCGCCCGGGUUUGCAAAGAGGGCAAAACCUCAGAGGGUCAGAGCGAACCAAAGAGGCCACAGGCGAGCUGGCCAAGGAAUUGGGUGGGGGAAUCUGUUCCCUGCGGGACGGGCGAGAUCUCUCUUGACCAAACCCCACUGCGGCAGCAGCCUCAAGGGUCGGACGGCGGAUUUGGCGAAAGCUUCGAUUCGGAGCUCGUGAAGUACGAAGCGGUUGAAAUCCAGGAGUCGGUCUACCCGCGCGAAGACGGGGCGCAACUCGGUUGCAAGGAGGGCCUGCGGAGACACAGCCCGCACUUCCGCGGGAAGCCGUACCAGUGCGCUUAUUGCGGAAAGGCCUUCAGCCGCCGGUCGCACCUGGUGACGCACGAGAGGACCCACACGGGAGAGAAGCCCUACGCCUGCUCCUUCUGCGGCAAAAGCUUCAUCCAGAGCUCCCACCUCAUCCUCCACGAGAGGACCCACACCGGGGAGAAGCCCUACCGGUGCUGCGCCUGCGGGAAGAGCUUCAGCAGCACCUCCAACCUCCUGGCCCACGGCAGGACCCACACGGGCGAGAAGCCCUACAAGUGCGCCGUCUGCGAGAAGGGCUUCAUCAGCAAGUCGCACCUGGUCCGCCACCGCAGGAACCACGCCGGGGACAGGCCGCCCGCAGAACAAUCCUCAACAGGGCGCCCGGAGAAAACAGGGUACCACACGCGAGCGCGCGAGCGCACCCCCAAACAUCUCCAAAAUAGCUGCAGCAUCUCACCUCUGCUGAGUCAAAACAUCCAGGGAAGGAGGGGAGCUGGAGGAAUGGAUGGCACAGAGCUGAAUCAGGGUGCUGAGGCUCUGGGAGACAGCAAGGAAGGCAUCAAGCUUCCCAAAAGAACCAAACCAUUUCUGGUGGAGCCGAAACAGGGAGCCGGUGCUCAUUCGGAGGAAAGGUUCGCCCUUCAGGACGAGCUCCUUGGAUGCAAAGGUCAAGGGUUGACAACUGAGGAGAACGGCGACGAAACAACUCUCAGUGCAGGCAGUUCUGAACAGUUAGAUAUACCUGGAAGAGGAAAAGCCAAAAACACGGUUUCCCCGGUUCCUCAGCAGGAUGUGACUUUGGAAAACGAGCAGAAGCGAGAGAGGACUCCUCCACGGAGAGGCCAAAACAAGUCAGUCCUUCGUGCAGCAGGCAACAAACUCAGCGUCAGUAAGAGGCAACUGAUGUGCAGCAAGUGUGGGAAAAGCUUCAGCAACGGCUCGAACCUUAUCGCUCACGAGAGAAUCCACACUGGCGAGAAGCCCCACAAGUGCCUGAGCUGUGGGAAGAGCUUUGGUAAGAAAUCGACCCUUGUCGCUCACGAGAGAAUCCACACCGAGGAGAAACCGUACGAGUGUUCGGUGUGCGGGAGAAGCUUCAGCCAGACCUCGAGCCUCAUCGCCCACGAGAGGAUCCACACGGAGGAGAAGCCCUACGAGUGCUCAGAGUGCGGGAGGAGCUUCAGUUUAAAAUCGAGCCUGGUCGCCCACGAGAGGAUCCACACAGGCGAGAAGCCCUACAAGUGCUCCGACUGCGGGAAAAGCUUCAGCCAGAAGUCCGCCCUUAUCCCACACGUGAGGACCCACAAGGGAGAGAAGCCCUACACCUGCUCCGUCUGCGGGAAAAGCUUCAGCCAGAGCUCAAACCUUAUCGCACACGAGAGAAUCCACACGGGAGAGAAACCUUACCGGUGCGCGGACUGCGGCAGAAGUUUCAACUGCAGCUCGAGCCUGAUCCGGCACCAGAGGAUCCACACGGAGGACAAGCCGUACGACUGCUCAGACUGUGGGAAGAGCUUCGGCUGCAGCUCGAGCCUCAGCCGACACCAAAGGACUCACACGGGAGAGAAGCCCUACGAAUGCUCGGAUUGCGGCAAAACGUUCAGCGUGAGCUCCCAGCUCAGUGUGCACCAGAGGACGCACAGAGAGAAGCCCUACGAGUGCUCGGCUUGCGGGAAAAGCUUCAGCGUGCGAUCGAGCCUGAACGCCCACGAGAAAAUCCACAGGGGAAGAAGCCUUACAAGUGCGCCGACUGCCCCAAGAGCGUCUACUUGAAAUCCAGCCUCAACGCGCACAAGAAACUUCAGGGGGGAGAAGCCGUACGACUGCGCCGAGUGCGG